AUGAGUCUUGCUAAGGUUUCUUACGAGACUAAAGAAAGCACAUGGGCAGGCUGGAGCGGGUAUUCAAAUUCCUCCGAAUUCCACGCGGCUGCUCCUGAAGCUGGGACUUGGUCCUUGUUUGGAGAAAUAUGUUACAGAGCCCCAAAGGGCAUUGAGCGACGCUGGGAAUAUGGCAAAGUUAUUGGUCGUACAAGAUUGUUCCCUGCGUUUCGAGAACAAUUUGAUGCUCCAUACUGGGUGGUCCACAAGGUACACUUUCUUGAAGCCAUGCAUAAACUGGCGGUGGAUCUAGGGGUUUCCAUUGAACUCGCAUCCAAGGUUACUUCUUACGACGUUCACCACCCGAGCAUCACGCUCGCAACGGGCUCGAUUAUCCACGCCGAUCUGAGACAUCGCUGCAGACGCGUGAAUUCAUCGACCCGAAAGAUUGUCCUUGGCGGCAAGGAAUCUCUUCCCCAGCGCACGGGGUUUUCUGCGUACCGUGCCGUUGUAGAUAUUAAACGCAUUCAGAAUGACCCGGAUGUCUCAUGGCUAUUGGAGAAGCCUUCCUUCAAUCUUUGUACUGGCAAAUCCUUCAAUGUGGUUCUCAAUCAUGAAGAUCUCUCUGACCCUGCCGACUGGAGACAAGACAAGGAUUGGCGUUUGAGCAAUAUGCGAAAGGACUUCGAAGGCUGGGACCCAGUACUUUCGAAAAUCAUAGGAAUGAUCGACAAGACCAUGAAGUGGCCGCUAUAUAGCAGUUCUAUUAUGCGCAGGUGGGUUUCGGGAAAGCUUGUUGUCCUCGGCGAUGCGGCUCAUGCAAUGGUUCCAUACAUGUCGCAAGGAUCCGCUAUUGCAGUGGAAGACGGUGUAGCCAUCGCGCGUUGUCUCCGAAAAGUCAGCACCAAAAAUAAAAUCUAUCUUGCACUAUCUAUUUUUGAAAAAGUGCGCAUUCGUCGGGCAUCUCAGAUGCAGGAAGCAAGUCUGCUCAAUAGUAAAAUUUGGCACUUCCCAGAUGGACCCAUUCAACGCGCUCGAGACCAGGCGAUGCGGCCUGAAAUUGAAGAUCUUCCAUUUUCUCACAGCCCCAACCAAUGGAGCAAUCCAGCGACACAGAUGUGGUGCUACGGGUACGGGUCUUUUUGA